AAAGGCCAAAACAGAGAGCGGCCAAAACGGAAGCAAAAAAAGUCUCAUCAUUCUUUUCUUUUUUACUUCCCAUCUCCUCCCUUUGCUCAUUGCCAUAACCACACAACAGAGAAAGAUUUCUGUAUUACCAAACUCGAUUUCCCAAUAACCUGAUUAGUACAUUUUACCUUCUGAUUCAUAUAAUAUCUACGAGAUCAUGCACUCUUGUGUUUGCUUACGUUAAUUUGGUGGAGUUUCUUAAAAUGGGUUUCAAUUAAUAGUAACAUUUUUGAAUUUUGCUCAUCAUUUUCUGUUAAAGUGUUGAUUUUUAUUUUUAAGGAGAAGUUUUUGGCAGUUCUGUUCUCUGGUAAUUUGAUCCAAUGGCUGCCAUCACUGAGGAUCCCACUACUGACGUUGUUGUCAAAGACGUUCAUGAGAUUUGUAUCAAGAAAGAUGCUGAAACGAUCAUCGAUGAAAAAACUGAGAUGACCUCACACGAGACCGAGUCCGAGCUCAAACCUGAAUCCGAGUUAGAUAUGCAGAAGCUGGUGGCUAUGUUCAAGAAACUGAAUCCUUUGGCUAAGGAGUUUUUUCCCUCUUACUACAGUCCUACCAAGAAGAACGGUGAAACUACAAAAGGUAUUGAUGAUGAUUUACCGACAGCUACGAAGCAAUCUGGUGAAGAAUUUGAUUCUGAUGAAAAGAAGGAUGACAAUAACAGGAAGAAAAGAAAUAAUUAUAGCCAAGGGAGGAAGAGGUUGACUGGAAGAAUUUCAAAAGCUCAGAGAGAGGAUAGUAUUAGAAGAACAGUGUAUGUUUCUGACAUUGACCAGAGUGUGACUGAGGAGGGUCUUGCUGCUUUGUUUAGUAACUGUGGACAAGUUGUUGACUGUCGAAUUUGUGGGGAUCCACAUUCAGUUCUUCGAUUUGCGUUUGUGGAGUUUGCUGAUGACCAGGGCGCACAUGAAGCUUUAAGCCUUGGUGGAACGAUGCUCGGGUACUACCCUGUGAGGGUCUUACCCUCCAAAACUGCUAUUCUUCCAGUGAAUCCCACAUUUCUUCCUAGGUCUGAAGAUGAAAGGGAGAUGUGUUCAAGGACAAUUUAUUGCACAAACAUUGAUAAAAAGGUUUCUCAAGCUGACAUGAGAAACUUCUUUGAGUCAGCAUGUGGUGAGGUAACUCGUCUAAGGCUUCUUGGGGAUCAACUGCAUUCAACUCGCAUUGCUUUUGUUGAGUUUGCUCUGGCGGAUAGUGCAACUAGGGCACUCAAUUGCAGCGGGAUGGUUGUUGGAUCCCAACCCAUAAGGGUAAGUCCGUCAAAGACACCAGUAAGGCCACGAAUCACUCGACCACAAUCCACAAACUAGAGAGACACCUGACUAGCUUGCUGGCUUUCCAGAAGAGAGAUGAUUGCAAACUUUUUGUUCCCUUCAGUUACUUUAUUUCUUUAGUUAUCUUUUACGUUUUAGAACUGUUAUCUCCGGUUAUGCUAGUAGCUGGAAACACUAUGGUCCUGCUUCUGAAUUUGGAGUUCUUGUUAGGUUCUGAGAUACUUCUCUGUAUUUCAUCA